CAGUAGUAUCAGGGUAUUUACUUAGUACUAGUUCGCUUACUACAAAAUUGGCUUUUGCAAUCUGUAGCACAGCUGUUAGUAGAAUAGUUGAACAUUUAGGUGAUAAUGAACCUGAAAAAGUUGAAACUACUAUUAUUUCUUUUUAUCUAAAUUGGCAUGAUGAUGAAGAAGAAGUCAAGCAAUAUUUAAAACGGUUUCAUAGUAUAAUGCAAACAAUCAAAUGUGUCGUUGUUGGUGAUUAUGACGUUGGUAAAAAAGAACUCCUGAUAUCUUAUACAACUAACGAAUUUCCCAGUGAAUAUAUUCCUACAGUUUUUGACAAUUAUGCCGUUACUGUCAUGAUUGGUGAUGAUCCAUAUACUUUAGGUCUUUAUGAUACGACUGGUCAAGAAGAUUACGAUCGCCUCCGUCCUCUCGCAUAUCCUCAAACAGAUGUCUUUUUGUUCUGUUUUUCUGUAACUUCACCGGCUUCUUUUGAAAAUGUCGAAGAAAGAUGGUUUCCUGAGGUUUAUAAUUAUUGUUCAGGAAUUCCAUGCCUGAUUGUUGGUACUCGAAUAGAGUUGCGAGAUGAUCCAUUGGUGAUUGAAAAGUUAUCACGACAAGGGAUGAAACCCGUAACUCCAGAGCAAGGCGAAAAACUCGUUCAAAAAUUAGGAGCAAUUAAGUAUGUUGAGUGCUCAGCCUUUACUCAAAAAGGCAUGAAAAAUGUUUUUGACGAAGCAAUAGUUGCUGCUCUUGAGCCGCCUGUCGAAGCUAAUGUUAAAGUUAAUGUUAAU